UUUAUCUUCGAGAUCGAAUGUUGCUCUGCUUAUUGCUUCCCUAGAAAAUCAAAUCCACUAAUUACUUCCUUUCUGUGUACAUUAUGAUAUUUCCCCAAUGAUGGCAGCUUUGUUUUCAUGUACCAAAUGUCAUAAAAGAUACCCAUUUGAUGAACUAUCCCAAGGAGAGCAGUUAUGCAAGGAAUGUAGGAACAACUUCCCAACAGUGAAGUGCACUUACUGCCGUGCUGAGUUUCAACAGAACAGCAGGGGCAGUACCAGUUCUAUAUGUGCAAAAUGCGCUCAAAACGUGAAGCAUUAUGGCAAGCCUACUGCAUGUGAGAACUGCAGCGUUUUAGCAGCGUUUAUUGGCAAUCGAUGCCAACGCUGUGUUAAUUCUGAGAAGAAAUGGGGACGUCCUCUUGUGUGUGAACAGUGCAAACUCAAGUGUGCCUUUGAUCGUCCUGAGAGAAGAAAACAGGAUGGCAAACUGAUGUGCUGGUUGUGUGACCAAGCAUAUAAAAGAGUUCUUGCAAAGACCAGAAAGUCCCAAGAGCUGAUUCUAAAAACUUCAAAAUCAUCCUCAUCUUUUGUAGCAGACUCACCUAAUAAGUCAAACACUCCGACAAACCAUGAUCAGAACUUUCCUUCAAGUCAGACAGUGGUGUCUUCAGGUUCGUUAGAAGGAAUGACAGUGUUAGAACGCCUUACCAGAUUAGCCACAAGUGGUGGAAGCAGUCGAGGAAACACUCCCCCUGUCAAUAGUGACAGAAAAUUUGACAAUGUAGUUCUCGGGAAACCAGAAGCAGAAAAUCGGGUUGCCGAGAAGGAAUCAUCUUCGGCGGUGCUAGAGGAGAAAGACGACGGAGAUGACAAAGAAAAGCAUAGGUCUCAUCGGCAUCAUCGAAAACACCAUCACCAUCAUCAUCAUCGCUCCCACCAUUCUAAACGACGUCACUCGAAAGAUGAAGAUGACAGUGGAGAUGCCAAGAAGCAAAAGGCAGAGAAAAAUUCAGCAAAUGGAGUCACAGCAGCAGCAGUAUCAACGCCAAAAAGUACGGGUAGCAAUGAAGCAGGAGCUGACACUGCAACCUCGGAGAAUGUCAUUCUGAUCACACAGCUGAGGGAGCAAAUUGAGAGUCUAAAGAAACUAAUGAAUGGAAAAGAUCAACAACUUUUGGAGAAGGAUAAGAAGAUUACAGAACUGAAAGCACAAAUGUAUGAACUUGACAAGGACUUUAGAGCGAAAAAUCAAGCAUCAAUUCGAUCCCAUGCGACAUCGAUAGAAAAUUUGCAGAUUAAGAAUCGGGAACUCACUCGUCAAGUUGCUUCCCUUUCGAAAGGCAAAAAGACCUCUGACACUUCAUCUCUGAAUUUAUCGACCUGAAAGCUGCAUUGCCAUGUCAUUGAUUGAAUCUGUUUUCAUUUCUGUCUCUGUAUUGUAUUUACCCGGUCUGACGUUUUUAAUGCUUGCUGAAGGUGUUUUACCCUUGAUUUAUUCUGUUUGAUUGUAAUUUCUCACUCACCCCCCACCCCACCCCCCUUCUCUCUAAAUAACUAGCAGAAGCAUGCUCUGACUUACACUUGUCCUUUUUUUAAAAAGUUAAUACAGUCGGGCACAGAUAACACACACACGCAGAUAACUCAAAGUCAUGGAUAGUUUGUAUAAUAUGCUACUCCCUGACUGAACCACUAUAUUUUCUUUGUAUUGACAACUCUGAUUUUUCAAACACCCGCACAGAUUUGUCAAACAGCUUGUUUGGAAAAAUCCAAUUAAGUUUUUCCUCACAAAUGUCUCAAAUUCAAAUCGCCCUGCGCACAUAACGGAAAACAACACACCCAUCGUCAUUGAGCAUGUCAGGUUAUGAGCCCAUUUGGCAAGCUCCUGCUGUGCUGGUAGCCUAUGGAGACAAAUCUUCGCACAUUACCUGUAGUGUGCGUAAGGCACUAGAACUUCCUUGAAUUUAGUCAUGUUAAGGUGGGUGCUGGAUGGUGGGGUGUGGCUGAGGACAGAUGUGGUGGUGCUUUGGGCUGUAUGGUGUGUGAAUUAUGUUUGUGUACAAUUGUGAGUUUAUGUGUGCAUAUGGUUAUUUGAAUGUGAAGGAAUGGAUUGGGAAGUGAACAUCUGUCCCAUUGCUAGCAGUGGCUGAUGCUGUGCUGGAGUCAAAAUCAAAUAGGUAAUGACAUUUUGCCAAGGGCCUGCGCUUCGUGUAAAUAAUCAUCCCUAGUUUGAUUGUAGCAUAUUUGAAUAGAACACGUGUUGUCAAUCUUGAUGACCUGUUAUAAUGGCAUGAGGCAUACCAUUAUCACUUAUCAUCCUAUCAUGAGUCUCAAGAUCUACGCUUAUUCACACCUUGGUGUUAUCCUGUCAAGGACAAACAUUUUACCUUUUCAUCGGGAUUUACAACGGACAUGUGAUCACUUUCACGAGAGUGGCUGAUCUGUGACACAGCAGGCCGAUCUCUAGUCUCAUUCUAAUUCUAAUGACUUAAGAAGAUGAAACCUGAAAGAAAUUUGGCCUUGACUUCACAUGCAACUCACAAUUGUUGGACAGGUUCUAAAAGUAACACAUCACUAUCACUUGAACAGCUUUGUGCUGUAAAUCAUGAUCAUUUUAUCAUCACAAUUACCAAUCCUUGCCUUCAUUUUCUUCUCUAUCUCUUUAAUUUUUCAUUUUAUCGGUAAACUGGUUUUCUUGAAUUAUGGAUGUGUCGAACACAUUUGUCAAUCCCUGAUGUGGUUAGAGUUAUCUGUGCUGUGCCCAGCUGUAAUUAUUUGUAUCGAUCUCUAAAAAUAGUUUCUUAAAAUGUAUUGCGAGCAGUCAAGAAUAUAGGUGCAGACCUUUGUGACAUUCUCUGAUGUAAGUUGUGCUUUGGGACAUAAGUCUGUAAGCAAACCAUUCAUCGUAAACAUAAAAUGUUGACUGUUGUUUGUAUGUUCAUAUAGCCCAUGUUUAUGAAAACUCAUAAAAUUUUCUGCAUUUAGGUGCUUUCAAAGACUGUAGAAUUUAAUACUAGAUCUUGCUUUUUUAAGUCUAGAACACUCAAUAAUGUUGACUUUUUUUUUCAUUCAGAAGUUCGAUAUGUUCUGAAAACGAAUAUUUAGUAAAUACUCCAUCAUUGUUCAGUAGUAGUUCUGAAAUGGCUUGCUCCUUUUUGUGCAUAAAUAAAACUGUUAACCAAACACACUUUACAUGCAUGUUUGGAAAGUUCUGUGGUAGGUUCAAGUUCUUUAAUAUUUAGUUAUUGUGUUCAGUAUGAUAAUUUAUCAAUGUGUUAUAUUCAUGUUAAGGCUGACAGUUCUCAGAAUGGUUGCUUUUACUCAAGGUUGUUGUAUCAAAAAUUUGAGUACACUUUUUAACAUUACAUUAAUGAUUAAUGUUUGAUCUCGUUAUUAAAAUAAUCAAUGUUACACAUCUAAUCAGGUUCUUCUUAUUGAAAUGUCAAGUUCAUGUCUAAUGUGAUCUGAAGGAUUCUUGUUUCCUUUGUGCUUUUUAUGCCAGGGGCUUUGUGAGCCUUGAGACACGAUGCUCGCCUCUCAAUGUAAAGUAUUCAGUUCAGUUCCUGGUCCAUGCAGGCAUGGUAAAAAUUUGGAAUUUAAGUAGUCCCCUGAGAUAAGAUAAAAACUAUGUGAGGUCUUGUAUGCUUAUUUAUUGUGCAUGUCAAAGUCACUGUGGCAGUGAACUAAAAAAGGGCAGGUAGGCUGCACAUUGUGAAGUGAGGGUCCUUUACUGCUGCUCGGAGAUGGGGUCAUGUUUUAAUAAACUGUUGCAUUUUGGAAUAUCCUGCAAUCUUCAAGUAGUAUCCCCUAUUUCAGGCUGAGUACACCAAAUACAUAAUAUGAUAAUAUUCUCAUUUACAUACUUUGUAGAUGCUAUGGGGUCAGUAUUGUAAACAAAGCAAAGUCUAGCCUCUGCUUUCAUUCUUUUUAUGUUUAGGCUAUAAAAGAACCUUUAAAAUAAGCCUAAAAGGGUAGUGACAUCAUGUCAAACAUAAGGAGACAGUUUUUAUGUUUUGUCUUGAAUUUUUUGUAUAAAUUGUUUCUUGUCCUACAUGUGUUCUUGUUAUAGAUCUCUUGUCAUGUAUUGUUCUUUUUUACAUUUUUAGAGAACACUGGAAAUAUAUGAAUAUUGGAAUAAAGUUUAACUUUGACCUAGCACGCUUAAUAUGUGCUGUUUUAUUUCAAUAGCAGAAAGAAAAUUUGGCAGGAUUUCCUGUUUUUGUAAAUAUAGCAUCAUGUUUAGAGUAAUACCAUUUUUUAUACAGUUCGAGCCUUGUUUGUAUGAGAGUCAUCUCUUGUCAACUUUUCCAUUCGUCUUUUGAUUCCAUAUUUUGUUCAAAUCAAAGGCUUAAAUCUUAAUCAAAUGCUAAUCUUUUUUUUAGAGUUAUUGCUUCAUAAUAUUUAUAUGGCACAAAUGUAAACUUUGUACAGAGGAAGAGGGUAGUGGAUGCGAUUUCCUCUUGCUAUCUUGACAAUAUAUUGUAUAGAGGGAUAGCAUCUGCUUUUUUGAACUUGAAUAAUUCUUGUUUUUAUUUGGAGAUGCAAAAUAUGUAGAUAUUGAUUGGUAGUUUUGACAUGUAUGCUUUAUUUUAACAUUAGAGAUACAAGAUGUAAUUUGCACGUCAAUCUUUCUGACUCCAUAAUUGUUGUAAUUGCAAUGACUGAAGAAAACCUCAAGCACUGUGUUUUUGUGAGGAGAUGUUUUACUGUUAAUAAAAUGGUCAUUCUGAAUUGCACUGUGAGUGAAUGUGGUUUUCUAUCAAUUCAGAAGUGUUUGACCCAUGUUUUGGUAUGUUAAUUGCUAUUUUUAAAGAGAAUUCAGAGACAAAUUUGAAAGUUCGUAAGUUGUGGUGUUCAGGUUGGUGCUUUUCAGAUUUUACAAUAGUUGGUCUGCUUUGACAGCAUUUUUUAAAUUGUGACUUGGCUUGAUUUUGUGCUUGCCUUUGGAAAAAGUUCACAGUUAAUUAUCUACUAUGGGAAAAUAUGGAUUAAAGGGAUUGUUUUUUAUGAGAAUAUUUUCUCACUGUUGAAAAUUUGCUUUUUAUGUCUUGUAGUUCUUGUAGUUUUAGUAGAUUUUUGUUUUGAGUGUCACAGUAUUGUCGUUGGCACUUGUUGUACCACUGACGUUUGCCUUCAGAGAGAGUGACAGGAAUUUUUAUCAAUAGGUUCACACUUAGUCUUCAAACCACUGAUCUGCAUCUCACAAGACUAGUUUCCAUACCACUGAUUUGCUGCUGAUGUUUACAUUGCAACUUUUGCAUUAAGUCAUUAAGUCUAAUCACUUUGCUUCAUCAUAUGGAACUAAAAACCUGAAAUUCUAGUGAGGUUGUAACAUAUUUUAAGCUGUCAACAAUGAGUUGUUGGUCGAUUUCAUAAUGAUUUUGUAUCGGGUCAGAUUUCAGUUACCUUAGUAUUUAAAAAAAUAUUUUCCAUGAGGUGAACUGGGGAUGGUGAUGCUGGUGUCUUCAUUGAUUUUUUGCAAACUUUUAUUGUAGAGUAUGUAGGUCUGUAGGUGGGUUGUUGUUUCUUUUUCACUGCUGGAGUUUUUUAAAAAAAAUACAUUUCCUCAUAGGGGAAAGUUCUAAAAUAUUAAUUCAAAGGGUACUUUGGUGAUUUAAAAAAAAAUUCUUUUGGGAAAAUUAAUUAGCAGCUUUAUUAUUUCAAAGACUAUUUUAUUUUAGUCUAUUUUAUGUUCAAUUGUAAGUCAGUUUUGAAAAUUUGGUGCUAGCUGGUAUCAAACUUUUUUUUCACCUAAUGUUUAAAAAUCAGUACCAAUAAUUUUGUACAUACUCUAACUCUAAGGUAGAAAAAUUGAGGAUUCAUUAGGGAGAAUAAGUGUUAAAAUGUUUUCCACGAUACUUUCUUUAAAGUGUAUGGUUGAUAACUUAUAGGAACCACACAUGGCAAAGAGCUUGAGAGGGUCCUUAACUUAUACUUAUUUGGUUGUAGACAGUAAAUUUUGAGCUUGAACUUUAAUUCAAAUUUCAAAAGGUGCUGUUUUCUAAAGAAUAUGUCAUAAUUUUUUGCAAUUCUGUUUACGUCAGUCUCAGUUAUAUUUGAUGGACAAAUUCAUAUUCUUGUAGUCUCUUAUUAAAUGUAACCUGGCAAACCACAUAUAUGUAAACUUAAAUAAGAUAGAAUUUUAAAUCUUGCAUCAGACAUGUUUCCAUAGCAGUAUCCACCAGUACUCAAUGCAGGGAUGCUGUGCAUGUCUUUGCUGCUUCUGUAAGUUCUGAAGUGUACUUGUUAUUUUACUAUACCCCUCUGAGGAAUGAUAUAAUGUUAUAAGCAGGUAAAUGUUUUCCUUAACACUUUGCCCCCACGGGACGCCAAUCGGCGCCAGUGUGAUAUAGGGUGUACCUCACCUGUAUCCUGGUCCGUGGGGAUAAAUGUUGCUGUGUGGCUGGAAAGUGUUAAGGGUAAAAUAAAAGCACAAUAUAAGACAAAACACUGUUAUAAAACAAAAGGUAAGUAUGGAGCACCUGCGACUGUAAUUGAUAAGUUAGAGUUUGUGCAAUAAAAUAUAGUUUUUUUAAACACAAA